GGCGCGAGGGACGGCGGCGGAAGAAGAUACCCGGUGAUCGUGUUCGUGCACGGGGAGAGCUACGAAUGGAGCAGCGGCAACCCCUACGACGGCAGCGUGUUGGCGAGCUACGGGGGUGUCGUCGUCGUCACCAUUAAUUACAGACUCGGCAUUUUGGGCUUUCUAAAUGCUAACACGGAUUCGCACUUACGGUCGCCGGCAAAUUACGGGUUGAUGGACCAGAUCGCGGCGCUGCACUGGGUGCAGGAGAACAUUGGCUACUUCGGCGGCGAUCCCAGGAACGUGACGCUGAUCGGCCAUGGGACUGGCGCAGCCUGCGUCAACUUCCUGAUGACGAGCCACGCGGUGCCUGACGGACUGCUGUUUCAUCGCAGCGUCCUGAUGUCUGGCAGCGCGCUUUCUCCGUGGGCGCUGGUGAGAGGAGCCGCAAAUUACGCUCAGCAAGUUGCCGAACAUCUAAAUUGCUCAUGGGCCGCGGGUAAUCCUCAGGAAUUGCUUAGAUGCCUGAGAGAAGUGCCACUGAACGCGCUGGUCUCGGUGCCGGUGAAGGGCCUGGAAUUCGCCCCCGCGUUUGGCCCGAGCAUAGACGGCGUCGUGAUCGAUCCCGGUGAUCCAGAAGAUCAGGACUUCACCCUGCAAGUCGACACGAUCAAUACGCUGAACAAUAUCCUGCUGCGGAAGGACGCCGCAGCCAAACUAUCCAGGUACGAUCUAAUGAUCGGCGUAGUGCGCUCGGAGGCGUACUUCUCGCUGACUGCCACCGACGCGCAAUACGGCAUCGAGGCCGACAGAAGGACGAAGAUUCUCAGGGAAUUCGUUCGGAACACGUACACGUACCACCAAGCAGAGAUCCUGGCGACGAUCAUCAACGAGUACACGGACUGGGAGCGGCCGGUGCAGCAUCCGGUCAACAUAAAGGACGAAACGCUGGAAGCUUUAGGAGAUGCGAACACGGUGGCGCCGGCUACGAGGACCGCGGACCUCCACAGUCAAUCUCGUCGAAACUCUUACCUCUAUGUAUUCGAUUACCAGACGAAAUUCGGCGACUACCCUCAGAGGCCAGGCUGCAUCCACGGCGAGGACCUGCCAUAUUUUUUUGGAGCACCCAUAGUAGGCGGCCUAUCGCACUGGCCGAAGAAUUAUACCAAAUCCGAGAUUACCCUCUCUGAGAGCGUGAUCCUGUACUUGACAAAUUUCGCACGUACUGGAAAUCCGAACGAGGGUACGUCGAACUUGGGCUCGCUGCGUCCGGAUCUCGGAUCGAUGCGAUCGGAGCGAAAUAAGUUCAAAAACAUCGACUGGGCCGCGUACGAGGCCGUGCACAAGAAAUAUCUGAGCAUCGAGCUCAAGUCGAAGCUGAAGAACCACUACAGGGCGCACAGACUCUCCUUUUGGCUGAACCUAGUCCCGGAUCUGCACAAGCCCGGCUCGGACGACGUUCCUAGGUCGCAUCAUCUACUCGAUACCGAGCAGGUGCCGCCGCGGUUCAUCCAGAGGAUACCGACCACGGCGAGGACGACGACGGCGGACGUGACCGUCGCGGAGAAGACGGUGAACGUCUCGACGGCCGCGCCCAGCGAGCUGACCUUCGAGGACACGACGAUCCAGCCGGAGGACGGGUUCGCCGCGUACUCGACCGCGCUCAGCGUGACGAUCGCGAUCGGCUGCAGCCUGCUGAUCCUGAACGUGCUGAUAUUCGCCGGCGUCUACUAUCAGCGCGACAAGAGCAGCCAGCACAACUGCUCGAAGAAGAGGCAGGAGAACGGACAGAUGCCGAACAACAUCUGCGGCGACUUGGAGACCAAAACGGCCGAGAGGCACCACAUCCAGCACAUACCGCCGCCGGAGUUCGCCGAUCUGCAGAACAACAGCUGCCACGUGCCGAUGCCGCCGCCGCCGCCGAAGAACACGAAGCCGGGCAAGCCGGGCCAGAAUCUGAUCAUCAGCCCGAACCAGCUCCAGCAGGAGAGCAUGGCCAUGACCGGCACGGGGACCUUGAAGAAGGGCCACAAUCAUCAGCAACAGGUCAUGGACGAGCUGAGGGUCUGACUCCGAGAGAAGCUUCUAGGCGCGGGGAAACGAACGAAACGGACAAUUGAUGAUAGUCUUACGAGCGACCCGAGCGAGCUGUUCCUCGACAUUCUCGGCGAGCUGCUGCGCCGCGUGUCCGACGGAUCGGCGGAGGAUCGGCGCUGGUCGAGCCUGCGCGAGAUCGAGCGUGAAAGUGCGGCCGGGGCUGGAUCGCGGAACGGUGGAACACGGACGGAUAGAUGCUUCGAUACGAAAAUGCUGACGACUCUGUGAAAAAAAACGUGCGUUUGUUUCUAUUCGACCGUUGAAAUCUUGGAGAGAGCGAGCGCGCGUGUCUCUGCGUGUGGCUGUGUGCGCGCGCGCGUCUGUUCGUGCGUGCGUGUAUGUACGCGUGUAUGUGUGUGUGUGUGAGAGAGAGAGAGAGAGAAAGAGAUCAUUUGCCUGUGAAAUUAUGGAAAGCAUUUCGCUUGUUCGUCCACGAGAAUUAUCGAGACAUCAACCUUUAAUCGUAGGAUCUUCGAUCUAACUUUAAUUCAAUCGAAUAUUAUCACGGGUAAAGACGUCGAGCCAGUGUGUUCAACUAGAAGACUGUAAAAAAUAUAAUGAACGGAAGCUUCCCGGAUCGAGUUCUCUUGGCGAUUCUUGACGAUCCGUCGGAGGAUCCUUGAAAAUCUUCAAGAUCGAUCGAAAAACGAAAAAAUACUCGAUCGCUCCCCCUUGCCACAAUUUCUUCCCGACACGGUAAAGAAACGCCUCUGCGAAGCGUUGACGCGGGACGCCUGAGAGAGAGAGAGACAGUCGGGUGCAGCCUAAAUUCUUUCGCGGGAAGCGAGGAAGUGUCUCGAGGAACGAGGAACGUUUCUUUUCUACCGAUAACGAUGGGCGAAGAAAAGUGACGCGACCAACUGCCGAAAAAAUCGAGUAGUCUUCGAUAAUUAAAUAGCGCGACGCGAGUAGAACCGAGCUCCGGGAGAAAAGACACGGGGAUUCUUCCGAUCGGAACGCCUUCGUUCGGCACCGUUUUUGUUCGUUUCGUGUUGUAGAACGUCUGAGUUCUGUCGUAGGCUGAAUCCGGAGCGUGCCGGCUCGAUAUCGCGCCGAGAUCGUCGUUUCGUUCGUAGACGAAUAGCCGUUUCGCGACAGCCGCGCGGACAGAAUCAUUUCGUCGUGGAUGUUUUCGUUGCCUGUUCGUGACCGUGUGUUCGUUUUAGCGUUAAUUUCUUCAAACACUGGUCAGACCGUCGUCUGACGAAUAACCCAGAGCCUAGGGAUCGAUCCGAUCGCGAUCGAUGGAACUUUGCGCGAGGUUCGAGGCGCUGUUGAUAGCCUAAAUGCUCAAUAAUAAAAGGAACCAGACGAAUGGAAAGAAACGAAUGCGAAAGAAAAUACGUCUUUGAACGAUGAAAAAAGGAAAGAAAAAGGAAGAACGACCGGUCCGCGAUCUCGAAUCGAACUGCUGCUCGAAUAAGAACUCAUUUUUUUACUGAUCGAGACCGAAGUGGAUCGAGACGCGAGAUCGGCCGCGUGAUCGACAAUUUAACCGUUCAAAAUAUCUAACAGCAUACUGCCAUAACGAUUACGAAGACGACGCUUAGCCGAACCCGGCGUGUCAAUACACGAGGCGUUGUCGCGUCUAAUAGCGAGCGAUCCGCCGGCGAGAAAUCGCCGAUCGCGUUCACCGAUUGUCGACGGGCCGACGGAGAAGCGAAAAAACUAACGGAACAGACACCGUUGUUUUAGUAUGAUUUUUGUUUAGUGUGAAUCGACGGUAUGCGAAUGCGCCAAGGACUCCGGCUGAGAACGGGUUUAGACUGUAAAUAACGAAUAAUUACAUUUAGUGGUUCGUCGAGUCGCUGAUAUUGAACUGCCGAGAAGUGACGAAGUGAAUGACGAGGGGAAAAUUGACCGUAAUUGUCGAGUAUCGGAAUGUUGUGUGACAGAGUAGAAGCACUGGACGUAAUUUUAAAUUUGUAUAUAAUUGACAUUACAAUAAACUAUGUAAACAAUUA